CUAGCCAUACAUACCUAGUUUUGAACCACCAUAAGCAUAGACACACUGGCCAAGCGACUCGCCCAAGUCACUCAUCCUAAGUAAGUAGUAACAAUUGGAAGUAUCCUACCCUGAGUUUCUUUUGGACUCCUGCUACUGACACUCAACCCACCAAUCACUCUCACAGAAUCCCAGGAUUCCAGAAACCACACAACUGCAACUUCUUGACCUACUACUUACUACUGCUCAUCAAGUCUCUCACUCUCCCUGUUCAAUUCCAUUUCACUUGCUGCAAUCAACUACCACUGUCCUUGUUCCUGUUCCUUUUCCUCCUCACCUUCAACCUGUCUGAUUUGGUUGUCUCGGCCACAGCAACCCACUUUCACGCUCUUUCCCCUCCGGCCAGUCCAUUGCCAUCAAUCCACCCACCAUUUUCGCCCUGAUUUUGAUCCAUCCAAGACCACAAUUUGACCCCCUCUCUCCGCCAUAGACCGCUGUUUCAGCGACACAACCAUGGAUGUCAAAUCGGUGUUGGAGAGCACCUUUUCUCCUGAUGCCGCAGUUCGUGGUAACGCAGAAGAACAGCUGAGACAGGCCAGCGAGGGUAACUUUUCCGAGUACCUUUCCAUCCUUUCCCGAGAACUUGCCAAUGAUCAAGCCAGUGGCCCCGUGCGCCAGGCCGCCGGUCUCGCUCUGAAAAACGCCUUCAGUUACCGUGAUGUAACUCGGUUAAGAGAAGUCCAAGGAAGAUGGUUACAGGGAGUUGACCCUCAGAUCAAAGGUCAAGUCAAGGAACUUGCCCUCAAGACCCUCUCUUCUUCGCCCCAAGCCGCAAACUCGGCAGCACAAUUGAUUGCGACCAUCGCCGCCAUCGAAUUACCUCGUAACGAGUGGCCCGACUUGCUCCCCGCUCUCGUCCACAAUGUCGGUUCCGGCGAAGACAAACUCAAGCAAUCUAGCUUGACUGCCAUCGGCUUCAUCUGUGAAUCGGAAGAUCUUGAGCUACGAGAAGCUCUCGUCGGCUACUCCAAUGCCAUCCUCACCGCCGUUGUCCAAGGCGCCAGAAAAGAAGAGCCUAAUCAAGACGUAAGGCUGUCCGCCUUGUCCGCUCUCUCAGACGCCACCGAGUUCAUCCGAAGCAACUUUGAAAAUGAGGGCGAGCGAAACUACAUCAUGCAAGUCGUCUGCGAGGCUACACAAUCUCCCGAUACCCGUGUUCAGGCUGCCGCCUUUGGCUGCUUGAACCGCAUCAUGGGCAUCUACUAUGACAAGAUGAGAUUUUACAUGGAGAAGGCUCUCUUCGGUCUCACAAUUGCCGGCAUGAAGAAUGACGAAGAAGAUGUUGCCAAGCUUGCCAUUGAAUUUUGGUGCACCGUCUGCGAGGAGGAAAUCAGCAUCGAAGAUGACAACCAGCAGGCCCAACAGGAAGGCUCCACCGAACUCCGACCCUAUUUCCACUUUGCCAGAGUCGCUGCUCGAGAGGUGGUGCCCGUGCUUUUGCAACUCAUGACCAAAGUCUCCGAGGAUGAUGCCGAUGAUGAGUACAACACCGCACGAGCCUCAUACCAGUGCCUCCAGCUUUAUGCCCAGACCAUCGGCAACGACAUGGUCCCUGCCGUCCUCAAUUUUGUCGAGAACAACCUGCGAAGCGACGAAUGGAACAAGCGAGAUGCCGCCGUCUCGUCCUUUGGUGCCAUCAUGGAUGGCCCAGACAUCAAAACCCUGGAUCCUCUCGUCAAGCAAGCUCUACCUGUUCUGAUUGCAAUGAUGCAAGACCCUGUGCCUCAAGUGCAGGACUCGGCUGCCUUUGCUCUCAGCAGAAUCUGUGAUUACUGCUCCGAUUGCAUCGACCCUUCGACCCAUCUGCAACCUCUGAUGUCAGCUCUGUUUGGUGGUUUGAUGAGCAACCCCAAGAUUGCAGCGUCUUGCUGCCUGGCCCUUCUCAAUUUGACAGAACGUUUUGUAGGAGAGGAAGGAGCUCCUUCCAACCAGCUGACACCCCACUUCCAGGACAGCGUCACCUCGCUGCUUGCUGUCACUGAGAAAGAGGGCGCCAACAACCAGCUGCGUACCGCAGCCUAUGAAGUCCUCAGUGGCUUUGUCACCAAUGCUGCCCACGACAGCCUCCAGAUCGUCGCCGAGUUGUCCAAUGUUAUCAUUCAGCGACUCGAAAACACAAUUCCAAUGCAGAAGCAGAUUGUCAGCAUCGAUGACAAGAUCACCCUUGAGGAAUUGCAAGUCAGCCUUAGUAGCGUUCUGCUUGCAAUCGUCCAGAGACUGGAGCAGAACAUUGCUCCCCAAGCCGAUCGAGUCAUGCAGAGCAGUUUGGACGUGCUCAACGCCAGUGGUAACACCAGUGUGCCUGAAGUCAUUUUCCAGAUCGUCAGCGGAUUGGCCAACGCUUUGGCUGGUGACUUCCUCAAGUACAUGGAUUCUUUUGUUCCGUACCUCUACAAUGCGUUGGGCAAUCAAGACGUUCCGGACAUGUGCUCACUGGCCGUCGGCUUGGUGAGUGACAUCGUCCGUGCCCUUGAAGACAAGGCUCAGCCAUAUUGCGACACCUUUAUGAACUAUCUCCUCAACAACUUGCGAUCGGAGAAGUUGACCAAUUCAUUGAAACCUCCCAUUUUGGAGUGCUUCGGCGAUGUCGCUACUAGCAUCGGCGAACAUUUUGAAACCUAUGUCUCAGUGGUCGCCCAGGUCCUACAGCAAGCAAACAACGUGUCUGUGUCAAACGACGUUUCUUUUGACAUGCUCGAUUACAUUGUCUCGCUGCGAUCUGGUAUUGCCGAUGCUUGGUCGGGACUCAUUUUGGCCUUCAAGGGUACUCCUAAAGUGUCACUGUUGCAAAACUACAUCCAGCCCAUCAUGGAGUUCCUGGAGACCGUGUCUCGCGAUAUGAACCACAACGAAGGCCUUCUUCGAGCGUGCAUGGGCAUCAUUGCGUAAGAAGCCUCUCCUUCCCCCUAACGAAAUGUUGUUAUACUGACCUUGACUAGCGAUUUGAGUGAGGCCUUUCCUGAUGGCUCUCUGGCAAACUACUAUCGACAAGACUGGGUCACCAAAAUCAUCAAGGAAACCCGCUCUUCUCGCGAAUACUCAUCGCGCACAAUCACCGCCGCUCGUUGGGCCAGAGAACAAGUCAAGCGCCAAACUCAGUAUCAAGGUAAUAUCAUGAACGCCUCAUGAACUUGAUAUCCAGAGUAUUUUUAACUACAACCCACCCCCUUCCCCGGCUCCGUCAACGCCACCCCAGUAUCACCUUGCCCAACAUAGCCCAGCACCAACCCCUUACAGCACACAUCGCACCAUUCCAACCCCACGUUAGAGCGCUGAUCCCGUGUUUGUCAAGGUCAUUUCUCAUCUCAGGCUAAUACCUUGAUUGCUCAAACCGACGACAAUGACCCAGACAUCCAGGCCAGAGACGAUCAUAUGUUCGACAAGACAGGCAUAACUGAGUCUGUGGCCAGUCAAGCUGUCAUUAGCCUUGAUCGGAGAUGCCACACGCUAGUGCCCAGCCAUCUCGCCUGACUCUCGAGAGCCUUUGAACAGACUUUGUCGUGUGGACCCUUACCCACAUGACCUUCCCUCGACAAUGCUUGCACCUGAGCACAUUGUGGAGUCUGGCGCAGUCUUUCCGUCGUCCGUCUGCGCUACAAGGUGAGAUUGUCGUUGGGCCCGCGUCUCCUAUCAGGACCGCAUAGGCGCGUCAUUUGCACAACACCCAAAAUCGACUUCUCCGGCGCGGAUUCGACCACUCCAGUUGCAACAGCCAUCGAGUCAGAUUUGUGGAGGACGUCCUGGAAACUCAUCACAGCCGUCUAUGGAACCGACGUACGGCUUGGACCCAAUUUCUAUCCUUAAUUGCUCGAGUUUUGUUAUAGUACGGCGGCUGCAUGACCCCAGCAUCCGGUUCACGAUGUAUUGGCCUUUGGAGGGCAGAGGGACGACAAACCACUAAACCCUCUCCCUCAGCAACGAUACGGAGAAUCCAGCAGCUCUAUACGGAUGUCCUCCCCACUUCAUCAUCACCACCCCAGUUACCCCAGCCUUACCCCUUUUCUCCCCGGAACCCCCCAAUCGUUUGGAGCACCAACCCCCACUACCCAAUGUCUACCCGAUACCCCUUGACACAAUAUUGUCUGCGUCAUUCAUACCCCGGACCCAGCAACUUGAGACACAGAGAGAGACCGAAAGAAUUCAUGUAUGCCCAAACCUUUUUGUAUUAGAAGAUGCCGAGCCAAGCGAGGACGCAAGAGCGUGACCUCGGAUGAAGAAGGGGCCUCGAUUUAGCUACAGUACGUAGAGAGACCGAUUAUUUGGUCACAAUGAACUGGUCGAAUGAGAAAACCCACCAAAAGUGUAAAGUGUUGUUAA